AUGCCUUCUUUCGCCCAUCCAUCACCUCUCGUAUCACGGCCCAAGCAACCGCCCAUCAAUUCCAAUGGGGGCAUGCCAGCGACAAAGGCUCCAACAGAGCCAUGGGUUGGGACGGGGACCACUAAAUCUAGCGUCGAGCCGCAGGCAUCGGACAUCUUUAUUGCUGUGAUGGGUGUAACAGGGGCAGGGAAGAGCACAUUCAUAUCAUUAGUCGCGGAUAAGCCGGUGCGAAUAGGGAAUGACUUGAAGUCAUGUACCCAAGAAGUCAGUGUCUAUCGGUGUCGACAUAGCCAGGGGGUCAAUAUCUGGUUGGUAGACACUCCCGGCUUUGAUGAUACGGAUCGAAGUGACACCGAUGUCCUCCGUGAAAUCGCGACCUGGCUCACGAAGUCAUUCUCCAAUGCUGUCAAGCUGAAUGGGAUGAUUUACCUCCAUCGUAUCACUGAUCAUCGGAUGACGGGAUCUGCAAAGAAAAAUCUGUUCAUGUUCAAGAAGUUGUGUGGUAAAGAUGCCCUCAAGCAUGUCAUCCUGGCCACGACGAUGUGGGAGCGAGUUGCGCCGGAUGAGGGUGAACAACGAGAAAAGCAGUUACUCAAUACGUCUGAAUUCUGGGGGGAAAUGAGAACUCUCGGUGCACAAGUCGAACGUCAUCAUAACACUGUGGCGUCAGCGAAGCGCCUGAUCAAUAUCCAUGCAUCAAAGGCCCCGGGAGAGCAGAAGACUAUUCUCACGAUCCAGAAUGAGAUGGUGACAUUACAGAAGCCUCUGGAUGAGACCGACGCCGGUAGAGAAGUCGAAAGCGCAUUGGUAAAAGAACGGGAAAAAUGGCAAAAGGAGCUUGCUGAAACUCAACAAAUGAUGAAGGAAGCUAUCGCAGAAAAGGAUGAGGAGUCUGCGAGGCUGCUCCAAGAGGCUCAAGACAAGAUGAAGGAGCAGCUAGCCGCAGCCAAGCGUGCGCAAGAUGAACUCAAGGUUGACAUGGAGAAAAUGUACAAUGACAAAGUUUCUGCUGUGCAGAAGAAACUCGACGAGCAAGAGAAAGAAAAGAACGAUUAUAACCAGAAAGUAUCGGAUCUCCAGAACAGACUCGCACAGCAGGAGAAAGAAAAAGACAAUUAUAACCAGAAAGUGACGGAUCUCCAGAGGAAGGUCGAUCAGCAGGCGACAGUAUCGGCGCUGAAAAGAAAGCUCGAGCAGGAAGAGACACAAAGGAACGAUUACAGCCAAAAGGUAUCGGCUCUCCAGAAGAAGCUCGAGCAGGAAGAAAAAGAAAAGAACGAUGCCAAAGCCAGAAUAUCAGCACUUGAACAAGAUCAAAAGUUCAGAUGCCACUCCAAAAUCCUUCCUGACAUUACCAAAUUUACGACAAUGACCCUUUCAUUCUCAGGAAGCUAUUAUUACUUCUGUGGACCAAAACGAGACCAUUAUGACGUGCCCUCGUCUUACUGUAAAGCUAAGGCUUUCUUAGAAGGGUCUGAUGAAUAUGUCCGUAUUGGAUCCAAUGGGUCCUGUUACCGUCAUUAUCAUAAGAAUGGGGAGUGUUGGACUUGGACGAGUGAUAACUUCGAAAGCGAAUAUCCCGAUCUUGAGGGAUACUUGAAACAAUAUCGGCAAUACGGCUGUCCCAAGAACGUCUCCCUAGGAAAUGAUGGUCACUACUUCGCCCAUACCGAAUGGGGUCGUUCCUGGAGUGUUCCCAGUGAUAUUGCGACGGCUGCAGGGGACAUGAGCAAGGUUGUCCAGGUAUGGUUUGGUAAGGACGAUGCCUAUAUCAUCUCUAUGAGUAACGGCCGGUACAUUUGGGAUCUACGAGGACACUACUCGAAGCUGCAUGAUAAGCUUAAGAGCACCAAGGGGCUUGAUAUCCGGGCUGCAGCUCUGAACUUAGAAGCCCCAGAAUGCUGGGCCCUCGUUUUGCGAAAUGGUACUGUGAUGUGGUGCACUGGGGGUUCAUCUGAUCCAGGGAAUUUUGACAACUUCCUGCUAGAGAACUCUGUGUAA